UCAGGAUUAUGUCUUACUUGUUUAUAAGCAACAAAAACAAAUGUACCAGUUAGGUCAGACUGUCAUACACCUUAUAAACAUGAGGGAGAGUAGAUAAGCAUGUGGGUAUAUCUUACUUAAUGUUUACCUUUUUCUACAGAUAUCUUGAGGAACGAAAAAAAAAGGGGAAAAAAAAGAUAGUGUUGAGAGAUUAGGGGAUCUCUGUGUGAAGCGUGGGGCCAAGCUGUGUCAGGAAGUCGACAAGCAUCCUAGGGCUAACACCAAGGCAGUCCUGGUCCCAGCCCUUCACAGGAGACACUCUUGUAAGCCCUGCAGUCCUGACAGGAGACACGAUUUUAUGUAGGGGACCGUAAGUCAGAAGAUAUAGCAGUCACUGAGUCCUAUAACAGGAGACACACCUCUCCGGUCCUGACACAAGAUCUGUAGUAACAAAUGACAGUUCCUGAGUGACACCACCUCAUACCAUGAAUACGGCAUGUCACACACAGUUGCCAUCCUCUCGCUGAUUAGCCCUGCACACAGGUGUGAUUCUGACAGGUGAUCUCGUUCCAUACCUGAAUUUGGAGAGAAAUUGUUCCACGCAGGUAGUGAUUUCGUGUUUUUUUACCUGGAUUUGUUUGCGAUCCACACUUUUUACAGGUGAUCUACGCUAUAACAAGGAUUGAUUGCUAUCUUUCAAUUAUUGCGGAAUUAAGAGCUCAGCAUGUGAAAAACAAACCACUGUGAAUGAAUUUAGAAGUUUGAAUGGGACCUGGAGUUGUGACUCAUUAAGGAGGCCGGGAAAUGGAUAUGUAACCAUAGGCCUCAGCUGGAAGUGGAUUUAAAAGCUGAAACCUGAUAACAAGACAAAAUGUGUGUGGCGAGACUUCGUUUGAACCGGUGUUGUCGCUCCCUCCAGCAGCUCUUCGUUGUCAUGGUAAUUUUGGCUAGUUUCUCCACCCUGCUCACCUUUCAAAUUGGGACUUACUUACCCUGGACAGAUUCAAAGGAUGUGAGUGUCCGUGACCCCCAACCCCCUGGGCCAGACAUUCACCGCAGGAUCGGUAACGCGCCCCGCCCUCGACAACGACAGAUGGAGGAUCACCACAACCAUCGACAUCUGUCCCAGGCAUCCAAGUCUGCACAGAUUCUCGCCAAACUUCUACAGAUAGAGGACCAGUUGGUGGCUAUUUCACAUCGACGGAGGGUUUUGGUGCUGGGGUCCAAUCAGAGUUUUGCCCGAGAGGGUGAUACCCUCAGGCGAUCUUUUAUGGAAAAUGACCUCAAAAUGGUUGCCAAAAUUGAGAGGCCUGGGGCAGAGCUGUCAGACCUGGAGAAGGACACGGCCCUAGCCAGGGAGUGGUCAAUGAUCUGGUGUCUCUCACACAAUUGUUCCUCAAAUAUACUUCGACACAUUUACCAACUGGUGAACUGGAUACCUGCUGUUGCUAGACAGUUGAUGUCACCGUCCAAACUGUGCCUUGCCCAGACCUCGCUACAAAAUGUCCUUGAAGAGCCGUCCCCAUACAGUUUCUGUAACGUACUGUCUGACUCCAAAACUUUGCCCCAGUCUCCACGGUACCCCAGCCACACCCUCCAGUACGCCAUCAAGCCACCACGGUCCAAACUGGAAGAUGUGGUGGUCACCAAAUUACUGCAUCAAAAACAGUUACAUCUAGAGAAAGACGCGGUAGUAUGGACAUCGCCCCGAGGGUUUCUGUCGCUCGGCAACCACACCCUGGUCGUACGACUAUCAGUCUUAGUGUCCUCGCUGUCCCCACUCCGGGUAUAUCUCCACCCUACAGGGUCACGUCUGGGACACCAGUCAGCCAAGGAGUACAACACCAUACUGACUGUUCGAAGAGCCAUCAUACAAGAGUAUAGUCAUCGAGCGGCCACCAGGUGGUGGCUCAAUCUUCAACACAAGCUGGUGGCUCUCCUCCUCACAACAGAACUCGAUACACACGCAGGAAAUGACUCCGAGGCUUGUGGAUGCCCGAGGUGUUCCCAGCUACUAGAUGUUGAUUUGGUGUUUACCACAGACUUCCAGACCAUUGUUCUACAGGUGUCCUUGCCAGAGUUCACACCCAGCCGUACUGAUGUGUUGGAGGACACAGUUGCGAUGAUGACCUCUGUGGACCUCAUUGCUAUGGACGUUGCUACUGUGCUGGACGAAGUCGGACAGGACGUAUACCUAGCCAAUCAGGACUGUCCAGGAAGUUUUGGAGUGUGUCUGACUGACCAUGACCUUGUCUAUCUACUGGACAACAAACAAGAGUUUCGGGCACCCACCCAGUUUCUCAAGAUUUAUCCUCACCUAAAAUCUAGUCAGUAUGCAGGUUUAAUCAACAAACUACGUCAGACCUCCAUACAGUCCAGAUCUGCUUCACUGCACGCGCUCAGUGGUGUAGAACUCUCGACCAAUGACAGGCAGCAAACAUGUCACAUGACCUUUGACCUUCACUCCCUAUUGACCAGUAUGGAGAAGAGCUAUCUGGCGGACAGGAGUGACCAAGGGCCAGUGUUGGAAGAAAAAGUCAUGCAAAGGCCUGGAGCCCAAGUACAGCCCCCGUUAGAGAAGGCCCCUACAGUAAAGAGACCUGCACAGCUAGAAUGUAGUAAUGAUCCAAGAGAUGCUCCUUACCUGUCCAGCAUCAAAACCAACCCAGAAAUUUCACUUACGCCAACCUUUGACCCCAGUCACCUAACCUAUCAGGCCGAAGUGGACUAUGAAACUUUCCUGUUAGGUGUAACUGCCAGAGCUAGGAGUUGUAAAUACGAGGCGAGAAUAGACUCCAGUUAUAGUGCAGCAAAGAUGACCAACUACACCCUGGGAGUGGGAGAAAAUGUACUUCAUGUGAUGAUAGUGGACCCUGUCCACCCCCUGUCCUUGGUGGUCAGUACCUACACCAUCACCAUCAGACGACGUGCUGCAGAUUUCUACUUACCUAAGUACUCCAACAGCUUGCCACUGCUCACCUGUACUCUCAAACAGGACUGCAGCCUGCGCUUUGACCCAUCACAGCCGUGCGGCAUACAGCCAGUUACAGGGAAGGUCCAACAGUGGUCAUCAUUUGUAGAGAUGUCCAGCCACCUGCCUCAAUGUGGGGACACGGACAACCCAUUGUGGUAUGUACCAUGUGAGAGCUGUGGAAGGAUGGCCAGUUGUCACUGGAAACAGGCACGCUGGCAGACAUCUUCUUGCACGUCCAAGAUCCUGAGCGUUCCCCAGGUACAGAAGUGUUUGGCGGGGAGGAAGCUACUGUUUAUCGGAGACUCCACGAACCGCGGGAUCCUCCACUACAUUCUAGAGCGUAUCAACGGCUCCCUCACACAGUGGGACAAAACACACAAUCUCAAAAUAUACCGCAACGUCAACCACAACAGCACGGUCCUCAGCUUUGCUUACUACCCACAGUUCUGGCUGCCGACAGAUCACAGACCUGCGUUUGAUAAGGCUGUGUACCAACUCAUAAGAUGGACCAUGCCGUUGGAGAACACGACCAACACAGUACUGGUGGUAGGAGGAGUACACUGGCUCGGCAAAUACCACCUCUCCCUCAUACUCAAGGCCCUCAACAGGGAGAGGCUGACUGGAAUCCGACUUGUCAUGAAGGGACUGGGCGCUGGGUUCCAUCAGCUUGUUAACGGAGUUCGCUUUGCACCAAUGGAUGAACAGCAGCGUCUGCUGGGCCAGGAACGCGAGACUGCAGACUUUGCCGCCCAGCAUGGGUUUGGGGUGGUACCCACUUACAACAUGACGAUGGCUCGCUAUAAGGACUUCCUCCAGGGCAAGUGUGCCUGCCACUUCCAUAAGAUAACAGAGAAGUAUGCUACCCCGACAGAUGAUGUGCCCUCUUACCAUGUGGAAGGUGAUAUAAACAGAUUAUACUCGGAGCUCGUCAUCAACCAAAUCUGUCAGCGCCGGGCACCAGACUGAGUUAAUCGGACAUCCUAACACACCUCAUACUAACUCAGAUCUGGAGUUGUCUGCUCCUUUCUUCCCCAGACACGAGUACUCCACAAAGACAUCCCAGGGAACUUCUCUGUUUGUUUAUGAAAAGGGCAUUGACCUAGAGUUUGGUGUCGCUUACCAGGGAGCACUGGGAAAUAUCCAUGAGGCCACCUGCAUUCAAUGCAGUGACAGAUUUGCCAGAAUUUUGUCCUGCAAAAAUGCUUUUUUGCAUCAAUGAACAAGGCCACUAGUUCGACGGAAGAGGGGAGAUAAUUCACUACUUUGAAACCCUCAGCUAGCUCAACACUUUGGACUUUACCAAAUUAUUUUGCAUUAUACUUAAUUAUCAUUUCAAACAUCUCCGCACUUGCAAAAUCUAAAGUUUGACAAUUGAUUGAGAAAUAUUUUGUAUAGUUCUCGGCAGAUAUUUAUAGAAUCUCUACCUCUUAUCUAGCUAGUCACUGAAAAGUAAUGGAAAUUCUUGUUUUAAUGGUUUUCUUCAAUAUUAUUUUCAAGUUUAACCUUCUUUACACCAGAAAAAAUGCACGCCCAAACUGGGGGUUUGUUCCCUGGACCCUUCAAACUCUAGACAGACUCUGCCAAUUGAGCUAACUGGUUGCCGACUAUCGACCCAGUCCAGUACGGCUACAAUUGUAUUAAAUGUUAGAUAAAACCAUAUUAUUCAUACACCUCACCUGUCCCAAUUAGAGCUGACGAUCAGAUGCCAUGGUGAAAUGUUUCUUAUAUACCAGACUAGGACCUUCAUGAAAAUUGUUCAGUGGGACAAACAAUCCUAGAGGCCAUAAAAUGGGACCAAAGUAUAAACUUAAGGUGAUGAAUUUGUCAAAAAUCUGAAUUAUAAUUGUUAAUGCUAUGAUCCUUUUAUUCAUAUUUAUGUCUAGAAAUGUACAUCAGGAUUGUUUUAAACAAUUACUAGUUUGUUAAAAUUGUAGACCUUGGGUAAAAAAGAAAAACUUCACCCAAGUGCAGAAAAUUUAAAGGUUUAAAAUGGUCAUUACAACAAUUUUCACAUUUUUUGUGUAUUACGCAGAGAAAUAAAGCCGGUUUGAUAUGCAGUUAUGCUAAGAGGUCAAAGUUCAUCAUUGGCUAUGAUAAGUUUUUGGCAGAGUUUAUAAUGUAAUGAUUGAGUGAUACACUUGUUUUACUGAUUGUGGUGUUGGUAUUAUCAAUUCAAUUACACUUCAUAAUUAAUAAUUAUAGACUACAGGGCAGCUUGUUAUUGCAAAUACAUGGGUUUUUGGUAACUGGAGGUUUCCAUUACUUCCCUAUCCCAGUGUUUAUUUGUUUUUGAAAUUAUGUUCUUACAAUUUUAUUAUCUAAUUUUUAAACCCCAUUGGAACUUCUCCAGAACAAGAGUAGAUCUUCCUCUCUAAUUUCAGUUAUCAUUACUUGUAAGGAAGCGAUAUACAUCUACAUACAGGGUAAAUCAUAAGCACUAAAUUAACGUCUAUGCAGAAACCUAGCGAGUUUGAUGAGAUUACAUGUAGUCAAGUUUGUAACAAUAUCAAUGGCAAUUUUAUUCAUAUUAAUCAUGUUAGGUAAUUUAAGUUUGAAAAUAUUCAAAGUGCUAUAUCGUUGUUCUUCCCGUUGUUAUGAAAAUGUGAUUUAAAUUGUCAAUGCAUGACAUAUUUUUGUAUCAACAAUAUUUUUAAACAAUACCCUGUUGUUAUGAUUAAAAACAGGGUUAUGUGUAACGGUGCAUGACAUAGUUUUGUAUCAAUGAUAUUUUUAAAAGUGCAUUUACUUUUUUCAUUCUACAUGUUUUUUACAUGAUAAAUAAUAUCAUUUCGAAAUGUUAGUUAUCUGUUGUGUUAUUAUCUAUGCAAAACUGUUAACCGCAUGUAUUAAUCACAUGUUUGUCGUUUUGUUCAGUAAAUAUGUAAUAUAAAUAAUGCAUUGAGCUGUUGUAGCAAUGACAAUGAUAUAAUGACACAGACUUCGAGAUUUUGCUGUCAUAAUUUAGACAAUGCAAAUGGGAGUCAAAAUGGCAACAUUUUAAACUUUAAGAAUGAUCAAGUGAUAUAAUGGAUUGAAAGCUGUUCUAUAUGGCAUUUCUAAAAUUUAGUCAAUCUUUUUUCAUAAACCUCCUACGAAAUGAAAACUGGUGAAUGAUCCUUAUAUAUUUAUAUCUACAUAUUGUUUAUUACAAUUUAACGGAUGUAUAAUUUGUGCCCGAUCAACUUGACCUUAUACUACAACGCACAAAGUUGAUAUUGUACAUAUAUAUACGUGAAAUUGUGAUUUCAUCAUAGAAAUCACAUUUAAGAUCAUGUCAACCAAAGAUGUUUUAAUCUGAAAUCUAGUCACCUUGUUAUAAUGUUUAUGCAUAUCAAUGUAUAAUGUAUUGAUGUAAAUAACUUUAACUUAUUGUUAUAAAAUUUGUUUAUUGGUCAAGCUCAAGACCAAAACCUGCUAAAGUCAAAACUAGUGUGAGAAAUACCUGUCUUUACUCAAACAGGUGCUCUGGUUCCAGCCAUUGCCUUAUACAGUUUAAGUAUGGUCACUUCCGGAUUUUGACAGCUGAAAUGGUCAGAAAAACAUGUUUUCAUUUUAUGCCACCUUCCGGUUAACUCGUUCACCCCUGAAAUUUCAUAAUGAACUAUUCCAACCUUUUAAUUGGAAGGGCUCAAAUGUGUCGUCAGGGGUGAAGGAGUUAAUAUUACAUUUCCCUCCGACAAAUGAGAAGUACCAGUUAUAUGAAGUGAAAUCUACUGCAUAAGCUAAUUAAUAUAAAGUAAAUCUGAAAAUUGAUUAAGAUGUGUUGAACAUUGACAGGUAGUACCUCUACUCUAUACUGGUUGUUGGAUGGUGUCAUGGAUAACGCAGUCGCCUUUCACCAACCCAGCUGGGGUUGGAUUUCAGACGUGAAAAGGUAUGGGGUCACCUGCCCAGCCAUGUGGGUUUUCUCCGGGUACUCCGGUUUACCUCCCACAU